CAGUACAGUCAGCGCCACACGCACUCACUCGCAUCUUCUUCUCUUCUCCGAAACAACCCUAGAAACUCGGCGUCUCCCAAACAAGCAAAACCUUGAAAGAAAAAAAUGCCUCCAAAAGCUUCAAAAUCGAAAGAAGCACCUGCCGAGCGACCGAUUCUCGGCCGAUUCUCUUCUCACCUCAAGAUUGGCAUCGUUGGAUUGCCAAAUGUUGGCAAAUCUACACUUUUCAACACGCUUACAAAGCUGUCAAUUCCUGCUGAGAACUUCCCUUUUUGCACUAUUGAGCCUAAUGAAGCUCGGGUCAAUAUCCCUGAUGAGCGGUUUGAGUGGCUUUGCAAUUUGUUCAAGCCAAAAAGCGAGAUUCCGGCGUUCUUGGAGAUCCAUGAUAUAGCUGGACUAGUUAGAGGUGCCCAUGAAGGACAGGGGUUGGGCAACAGUUUCUUGUCUCAUAUCCGUGCGGUUGAUGGAAUUUUUCAUGUUUUACGUGCAUUUGAAGAUCCAGACAUUAUCCAUGUUGAUGACUCUGUUGAUCCUGUGAGGGACUUAGAGGUCAUUAGCUCAGAGUUACGGUUAAAGGAUAUUGAAUUCAUGGAAAGGAGGGUGGAAGAUAUUGAGAAGAGCAUGAAAAGGAGCAAUGAUAAACAGUUAAAAAUAGAGCAUGAAUUGUGUCAAAAGAUCAAGGCCUCGCUUGAGGAGGGAAAAGAUGUUCGUUUAGGGGACUGGAAAGCUGCUGAUAUUGAGAUACUAAAUACUUUUCAACUUCUCACUGCCAAGCCUGUAGUUUACUUGGUGAAUAUGAAUGAGAAAGACUACCAAAGAAAAAAGAACAAGUUCUUGCCCAAGAUUCAUGCUUGGGUCCAGGAGCAUGGGGGCGAACAAAUUAUUCCUUUUAGUUGUGUGUUGGAGAGAAAUCUUGCAGAUAUGCCACCAGAUGAAGCAGCAAAAUAUUGUGAGGAGAACAAGGUACAGAGUGCUCUUCCAAAAAUCAUCAAGACUGGUUUUUCAGCGAUCAAUCUCAUAUACUUUUUCACAGCAGGACCUGAUGAGGUGAAGUGUUGGCAAAUUAGACGGCAGACAAAGGCUCCUCAGGCUGCAGGGACCAUCCAUACUGACUUUGAGAGAGGGUUUAUUUGUGCUGAGGUGAUGAAAUUUGAAGAUCUGAAGGAACUUGGUAGUGAGGCAGCUGUUAAGGCUGCUGGAAAGUACAAGCAGGAAGGAAAAACCUAUGUGGUCCAAGAUGGGGACAUAAUAUUCUUCAAGUUCAACGUUUCAGGGGGCGGGAAGAAGUGAGAGUUUACGUGCCCCAUAGGUAAUAGAGUUACUUUGCUGGGUUUUGAGAUGGUUCAAGUUAUUGAUUUUGAUCCAUAAUCUUAUAUAGUGUUUGAACAUGCUUCUUUGUAUCCUUAUUGGUGGUUUAUAGAGAAUCUCAUGUUUAUUAUGCACACUUCUUAAAUAUAUGUUUGGAGUUGAUUGCGGACUCGAGAAAGCCAGCAAUUAACAUCUGGCUUCGCCUCGCCUCGCUAGAAAAUUAUUAUAGAUAAAACAUGCUUUGUGAUUGUGGCCACUGUCAAGUUCUUCUCGUAUUUCAGUUUUGUACUUGAAAUUUCAACUGGUUCAAUUUAGUUGUCAAAGUUUUAUGGUUA